AAAAGUCGAAUUUCGACUGACAAAUCAACAGAACAGAACGAUGAGGUGUACAUGGAAGGUGCUGGCAGUUUGUCUGCUCUUGCAAAGCGUUUACGCUUAUCUACCGUUGAACAAUGAAUCACUAAUACCGAAAGGUGCCGAAAUAUUAAAAGAAAAUGCUGAGAAAUUAUUCGAAGCGUUAUUUCAACCGUCACAACGAAAAGAAUCAUUUCCAGACGACAGGAUAACUCAGAAUGAACUCCGAAAGAUAUGCGGUGACUUGUAUGCUCAACAAGUGGAGGACACUUUGUAUAUUAGCGGAUUUGGCAUUAGGAAAUGUAUGCGUGUCGAUAUCUACCUACUGGAAGCCUACAUGAAGUUUCAUGACGUUGAGCAAAUACAGCAACAAUUUUUGGAAGGCAUUGAACAAUGCUCUCUGCGCAACCCAACCAAUGCCGAAAUUAAAUGCUAUUCCCGUUUGAUCUCUAAGCUUUUCAACGAACUGAACUAUCUUUCAAGUGAUUUACCUCAAAAGGAAGAAAAUUGCAUAGACAUUAAAUUGUGGCAAAUGAUACGCGAAUUGGCGAAGGUAUCCGAUAAAUACGAACGCUGUCUGUCAAUUAGCAGCUCCAAUAAUAAUACAUCACCGCCACCACAAUGGAACUCCACUUGGGCGCCUCCCAACGCUACUUGGGCUCCACCUACCGCUACCUGGGCACCACCACAAUGGAAUUCAACUAUAGCUCCACCCAACUCCACCUGGGCUCCACCACAAUUGAACUCCACCUGGGCUCCUCCCAACUCUACUUGGGCUCCACCCAACUCCACCUGGACUUCACCAAACACCAAUUGGACACCACCACAAUUGAACUCAACUAUAGCUCCACCGAACUCUACCUGGGCACCACCACAAUGGAAUUCAACUAUAGCUCCACCCAACUCCACCUGGGCUCCACCACAAUUGAACUCCACCUGGGCUCCUCCCAACUCUACUUGGGCUCCACCCAACUCCACCUGGACUUCACCAAACACCAAUUGGACACCACCACAAUUGAACUCAACUAUAGCUCCACCGAACUCUACCUGGGCUCCACCACAAUGGAACUCAACUAUACCUCUACCCAACUCCACCUGGGCUCCACCACAAUGGAACUCCACCUGGGCUCCUCCCAACUCUACUUGGGCUCCACCCAACUCCACCUGGACUUCACCAAACACCAAUUGGACACCACCACAAUUGAACUCAACUAUAGCUCCACCCAACUCCACCUGGGCUCCACCACAAUUGAACUCCACCUGGGCUCCUCCCAACUCUACUUGGGCUCCACCCAACUCCACCUGGACUUCACCAAACACCAAUUGGACACCACCACAAUUGAACUCAACUAUAGCUCCACCGAACUCUACCUGGGCUCCACCACAAUGGAACUCAACUAUACCUCCACCCAACUCCACCUGGGCUCCACCACAAUUGAACUCCACCUGGGCUCCUCCCAACUCUACUUGGGCUCCACCAAACUCCACCUGGACUUCACCAAACACCAAUUGGACACCACCACAAUUGAACUCAACUAUAGCUCCACCCAACUCUACCUGGGCUCCACCACAAUGGAACACUACUGUUGUUGGAAAUGCUACCCAAGUAUCAAUCAACACUGCUGAAAGCAACGAUGAUACUGCAAGUGUGCCUUGGUAUAAAAAUAUCUGGCAUAACAUUAAAAAUAUUUUCUAAAUAUGUAUUAAUAAGUUUUAGCAGUGGCAGAUCACUGCAUCCAUUCUGAGCCAAGUGGCUAUCCAGAAUAUUUGUAAAAAUUAAAAUAAGGCUAUGACAUGUAAAAAGACUUAGGUAUGCAUUUUUAAUUUCUCAGAAAAGUAUGAUUAAACGCACCGAUAGCU